AACAUAGAGUGAAUCUCCAUGACAACAACCACCUGCGCGCGAUACACACACAUAGACGUACUGUAUGUACACUUAAAUUAUCCUUACCGUGUGUUUUCUUAAAACACAUCCACUGUAGACCAUCGGAGAAAACAUGUCCCGUAAUCAGGCUGAAAGUGUUAUUAAAAACAUUAUCCGUGAGAUCGCGCAAACAUGUUUGAGCAGAGGACAAACUCUGAGUGAAACUCUUAUUGCAUUCAUGGUUAAAGCUGUUGUUUUAGACCCCAUGAAUCAUUUUAACGAGGACAGGACUCUCACAAAACAAGACGUACAAAAACUCAUCGAGCUUUGUGUUGAUAGACUGAUGGAUGAAGAGAGUCCAACCCUACACACCAUUAAGAUGCAAGUUUACUUUGAUAUGAACUACACAUCUAGACGUGAGUUUGCAGAUGUCCAGACGAAGGCCUUGCAGUCGCGUCUGCAGUGGCUGAGCAGAGACAUCACAGACACAAGAGCGAAGAGCAGAGAUGAGCUGCAGGGUCUGUAUGGGAAGAUUGUCCGUUACAUCAUACAGAGCUCAAACCUGGGCUCACAUACAGACACAGAGAGAGACAACGUGAGAGAGACCACGGCCGCUCUACAGAGUGUGUUUCCACAGUCAGAGCUCAGCACCUUCAUGUCUUUACUGAAACAAGACAAAGAACAGCAGCUAAAGGAACUCACACUGAUCGUGAGCGGCAUACGACUCUUCAACAAGAACAACGGCAGAGGAGGAGAAGCCAUUCCCAGCGUGCCGGUCAUCCUGAAUGAGACUUUGCCAGUCGCGGUCAAAGACAUUGAGGAUGAGCUGGCUAGAUCUCAGCAAUUGGCGUGGAAGUACACAGCAUUGCUGGAGAAGAUCAUUGACCAGGAUACAGACAACCCUGUCCAACCACAUCUCCUUAAACAGGCUCUUUAUAACACACGGCAACAUGAAGCGUUUCUCAAACUCAUACUGGCUGACCUGAUUCUGUGUGCGAGAGAAGUGACGCGCCUCCAGUCUGAUUUGACCUCCAGAAUGAAGCUUGUGCAGGACGUGGUGCAAUCUAUGGCUGCAGUGCCCACAUUACAAGUGUUUCCUCAUUUUAUAGCUUUGGCUCAACUCUGGGCGGGGCUUGUGGGAGAGAUGAUGUUACUGAGCAUGCUGACUAAUGUGGUGUCAGGUCUGAGGCCCUUUCUAUCAGCACAAUCUCUGCUGAGCCCAGAUCAGCUGGAGCGACUGCUGGAGGGACACCAGGUGUCAUCAGAUAUGGAGAGAUGCUCUAUGACAGCAGAGCGUGUGGUGGUGUCAGAGAUGAGCAGGUAUGAGUGGAUUUUUCCGGACACUGCAGUGAACUUUGAAGAUCUUCCUCUGCAGUAUAAGGGUGUUUGUGGCUGGACCCUUGUAAAGAAGAAGGGCCUGUUAGUGCCAGGUAAUCCACACAUUGGGGUUCUGAAGCACAGGGAGAAGUUUUACGCCUUUAGCUCCAGGAGUGCCGCAUAUGAGUUUGCCUCUAGAGCAGAUGAAUAUAUAACAGCUGUGGCAAAGAUCGCAAAGACAUCAGCUGAACUGAUACAGCUACUUCAACUCCAUCAAGAGUUUGCCUGUGUAACACCAUACUCUGAGAUGCAGUCAGGACAGAAGCUUCUGGUAAAACCCAUCCUUAAAAGUGACAGCAGCACACAAACGGAGAUCCAUCCACUGGAAACAAACAUCAUGAAAUCCUAUGAGUGGAAUGAAUGGGAACUGAGGAGAAAAGCCAUCAAACUGGCAAAUCUACGAAAUAAAGUGACACGCUCAAUACAGACUGAUCUGAGUCACAUGAGACGGCAAAACAGCACACAGACGUUCCUCCCUAAACACGCCAGCAGCCAGACGAAGAAAGAUGGAGAGAGUAAUGUACCAAAACCUCAGAUCUAUCUGACUGGACUGAGAGGAGGGACAGGACACGUCACAAACAUGAUUAAAGUUGAUUUAACUAGAACUGUUAAUGAAUAAAGGGAACAAAACCCAGACUUGAAAUUAUCAAAUUAUUCUUACGAUUCUCUUUACUCUCGUUGUUUUAAAUAAAAAUAUAUGAAAAAUA